AUGGAACUGUGGGCCUGUGUUUUCCUGGCAUUUGCUGCUGCUGCUUCGUCUGCAUACUGGGAGAAGGACCCCACACUCAACAGGCACUGGGAGCUUUGGAAGAAAAAGUAUGGCAAAACAUACAAAAAUGAGGUAUGGGCACAAGCUGUUGGAAUGGAGCUUGGGUGUAGAAAUUCCAGUACACCUUGGAAGCCGAACGCCUUGCCAGUAGAACGUUUUGGCUCCCAAAUGUUGCAAACCCGGAAGUGAUUGUUCCCGUUUGUGAACAUUCUUUGGAACCCGAACGUCCGUUGCAGCUUCUGAUUGGCUGCAGGAGCUUCCUGCAGCCAAUCGGAAGCCGCGCCUUGGUUCCUGAAUAUUUUGUAAGUCUAACAGACUUCCGGAAUGGAUUCUGUUCAACUUCCGAGGUACCACUGUACUGUAAGCCCCACCAGUUCUAGGAGCAAGCAAGUAGCAGGAAAUCAAGAGGUGUCAGAGGGUUGUCUCCAAUGCUAGUUCUACUCAGGGCAGACCCACUGAAAACAAUGAACCUAAGUUUGUCGUGUCCAUUAAUGAGUCUGAGUAGGACUAGCACUGGAUACAACACAGAGAUGGAUGCCAUCAAGGGCUAAUUUAGAACUGCUAUCCACUGAGUCUGAGGAAGAUGCUUCAGCAGUUGUGACCCUACAGUUGGGUAGAGUGAGGCAGUUACCUCCGGUAGCAGACAUAGAGGUGGUGAUGGUGAGAAGGUGCUGCAAGGUGGUGGGAGGACACAGCUGUGUGUGCCACACAACCCACCUAAGAUAGACUACUGCUAUCAGUGUGAUAAAGACAAGUCCAGGUGGCCUCUGUACAUGGGGUGUAGUGAGGGCACCAUCUUGUCCAUCCCCAUAGACAGGGAAAUGUGCUUAGCAUAUCCAAGUCUGGGUAAAAUGACUGAGCCCACACAGAAGGCUUUGAAAGCCUUAAUACAGAAUAAAAUGUGGAAAUGGUUGCAAAGAGUGCCGGGUGAGCAGAAGAGUGAUGAAAGGGCAAAUAUAGAGGUUCAAGGGGAAAAGAACGCCCUGUGAUUCCAGGGGUAUCAGGCCAGGUCUGCAGCAAGGCCAAGUAGUCAAGGCAGCUGGAGUGAGAGCCAAGAUAGUCCUAAUGCAAAGGCAGCCCAGUCUGAUAAUGGAGUAGAGGAGGCAGACUUGGGGCCCUUGAGAUGUUGCUAGACCCCAGUUCUCACCAGCCCCAGCUGCUAAGAUCGGGGGGGGGGGAGGCACUUGAGUUCCCCAUUCCUGUCCUAGAGAAUACGAGCAGACAUUACCGUAUUUUUCGCUCUAUAAGACGCACCAGACCAUAAGACGCACCUAGUUUUUGGAGGAGGAAAACAAGAAAAAAAAUAUUCUGUAUCUCAGAAGCCAGAACAGCAAGAGAGAUCGCUGCGCAGUGAAAGCAGCAAUCCCUCUUGCUGUUCUGGCUUCUGGGAUAGCUGCGCAGCCUGCAUUCGCUCCAUAAGACGCUCACACAUUUCCCCUUACUUUUUAGGAGGAAAAAAAGUGAGUCUUAUAGAGCAAAAAAUACGGUAAGUAGAUAUAACAGUUGUUUGAUCAGUUAGAAAACUGAAGCAGAGGCCAAUAAAUGGCACAUAUCACAAUAAUAAGUAUAAACUUCUGCAACAUCCUCCACUAUGGGCUGGCUGUGGGCAGAAACCAGCAGGCCCAAAGGACCGAUUCUGUUUGUACAGAUAGUAAUCAACAACUCUGAUGUAGUGGCAUACUUAGGACUCAUCCAUACUUACCUUUUGCCCUGUGCUUUUUAGGCACAGGUCCACACUUUCCUAUUUCCUCGUCUGUGUCUGAGCAUUUUCCCUCACCUGCCACUGUUUUCCCCAGGAAAACCCCAUCUUUAAUGCUGAAUCAGAGCAAAUGGUAGUUUGGGCUUUCUGUAGAUUGACGUUUGUUGAUUCAGCACUAAGUGUAGAUGUGACCUUAGUUGCAGGCAUUGGGAUGAGUUUGGGUUCUGUUUGUAUAGAUAUGGCAGUAUUGACCCAAACUUUAAAUUGUAAGGUGAAAACAGUCUUAUGUUAGUUUAAAUAAUAAAAACAUUUUGGUAUGUUUUAAUUAUUGAUAGUUUGCCUUAUGACAACCUUAAAAUGUUAUCAUCUUCACAUAAUCAAACUGAGUGAUUUGUGUGAUUGCCGUGUUAUGUUUUGAAAUGAUGUAGCAUUUGGUUCUUAUUGGAAUGAUGUAUCAAUCAGCAUUUUUGUUUUUCUGUCAUGUGAGCCACUUCCAGCACAUCUAUAUGAAAAAGUUGCAUAUAAAUUUAUAAAAUAGCAAUGGUAAUAAUAAUAGAUAAAUUUCCCUUCAUAAACAAUGUGAGCUUCUGCAUUUUUCUUUUUUUUUUUAAGAAAGAGGAAGGUGGUCGACGUAUGACUUGGGAAAGGAAUCUGCAGUUUAUCAUGUUGCAUAACCUCGAACAUUCGCUGGGGUUACAUUCCUAUGAACUUGGCAUGAAUCAUCUGGGGGAUAUGGUUAGUAAACGAAUGUUUAACAUGAUUGAUGGGUAUGUUGGUAAUUCUGUCAUAUUAGAACAAAUAUGCCACUGAUUGAAACCAAAUAACUGGAACUGGCUGAAUCAACUUCCUGCUGGGAUUGAGGAAAACUACAGCAAUAAAAUUUUGAGAGAGGUGGAAAAUUUUCAUUUCAUUUCUAGGGUUCCUCCUAAACAUUACUUUUUAAAUGUGAAAUAGGGGAGGGGAGUCCAAUUCAUACGUAGAUUUCAGUAUUAGCAUUUUCAUCUUACUGAAGGAGGGUGCUUUAGCUGUGUUACAGAGCUAGCACCGAGUAGUGAUGGGUUGGAUAUAAUGAACUUCAAAAUCCCUUCCAACUGUGAAAUAUAGUAUGACAGCAAAAUUCUGCAUAUUACUAGGGAUGGAGGAGAAAUGCAAUUCAGUAUGCAUUUAAAGGUGAAUCUAUUAAAUUCACACCUUCCGAAAUAAUAUGCUAACUAAAACAGGUAUCCUCCGAAAUCUGCACUUAUGCGAAUGUUGUCAUAUAGUUCUCCAACGAAACAAUGUUUACAAAAAUGCAUAUAUCAGGGGUAAAAUGUACUGAGAAAGGAAGAUGUGCAUGAAAAUAACACCAGAGAAAUUGUUUGCAAAAAUAUGUACUGUAGUAAACAAAGCAUAUAAAAAUGUGUUUAUUAGGAGGAAUUUGAUCUAAAAUGCUAAUGAAUUUUUAUGAGGAUUUAAAAAAUAAAUAAAUCACAAAUUGCUUGCAAAAUGUGGAGAACUGAAUUUAAUAUUGGAAAAAUGAGAAACUAAGAGAACCAAAAUUGGCAGGUCCUUCCAUCGCUAGUCCCUACCCACCUGAGGGAAUGAACCCUUUACAGAAAAAAUGUGACCGAUUCUUGCUUUUUAAUAAGUGCUUCUAUGUUCCUUUAUGCAUCUUAUUGAAAUUCAUGAAAGUUUCUAUGCCAUAAUAAAAUUGGUAGUCUUUAAGUUUCCACAAGACUCUUGGUUGCUUUUGCUUCAUGAAGCUAUCACCUAACACAGCAACAUCUCUGGAAUAUGUUCCUUCAUGUAGACCAGUGAGGAGGUGACUGCUAUGUUGACUGGGUUGAAAGUUCCUGACUCACGCAUGCACAAUUCAACAUAUUAUGUGCGAAGUCUGGGAGUCCUCCCCAGCACUGUAGACUGGAGGCAGAAAGGGUGUGUCACAGAUGUUAAGAACCAGGUAAGAGAGCGUCUUUCGGCAUUUCCAGACCAUCACUGUCUUUGGGUGGGAUUCAAUCACACCUCAGCAAAUUCAAAUUGUGCAAUUAAAGCUGAUUGCGAGGACUUGCACAACAACCAGCUUCCAAAAAAAUCAGACUUUUUGCGAUAAGGAAAGUGAUUGGCAAGUGCACUGGAAAGUGUGGGGAAAUGCCUGCUACAAUGUUGUCUAAUCUCUCCACAAACAAAUGAGAACGAAGGCUCAAUGAACGGGUCAUCUGGAACUUAGCAAUUUCUUCCUUUGAAACUGAUUCUGAUAGCUUCCUUUCCAUUUUAGGGUGCAUGUGGUGCAUGCUGGGCCUUUAGUGCUGUUGGGGCCCUGGAAGGCCAGCUAAAACUCAAAACAGGGAAACUGGUGUCUCUCAGUGCACAAAACCUUGUUGACUGCUCCAGUAAGUAUGGAAACCAUGGGUGCCAUGGAGGCUACAUGGAGGCUGCCUUCCAGUAUAUCAUAGACAACAAAGGCAUUGAUUCGGAAGCUUCCUACCCAUAUGAAGCCAAGGUUUGUAUCAUUUAAUUUAGAUUGAAUGUAAACAUAAAACACUACAGAGUGCAUCUGCAGAUUUAUUUCAGAAUAUAUCCUGUCAUGAUCGCUAGCAAUGCAUUAGAGACUGUUGCAAAUAAAUUACAUUUAUUGUACUUACUUACAAAGACAUACAUCUUCUAAGAUGAUCUUUGCUUAUUGUAUGCAUGCAUCAUCUGAAACAAAGUUGUUCUUUCUUCUUCUUCAGGAAGAUGGUUGCAUUCACCUGAAUAUUUGUGUAAAUUAAAACCAGUGCCUUAGUUGCCAAAUCAGCUAAAAUUAUUUGACUUAUUUAACUAAGAUAUAGAUUAGAUACAUCUAAUAUCGUUAUAACAACAUUAAACAGGUCAGCGUAGAUCCAGCCCUAAGUGUCAGCAAUAGUCACUACUGCACACCUUUUAAAAACCUGCUACCCACAAGGCAGGCCCCUUUGAUCUGAUCCAGCUUCAGAGUUCUUCUUAAGAUCUUAUACUGUUAGAGAAACUCAUGGAGGAAAAGCAACUUUAUCUUCUUUUUCUUUCAGAAUGGAACGUGUCACUACGACCCCUCUGCACGAGCUGCUACCUGCUCUAAAUAUGUUACUCUCCCAUAUGGAGAUGAAGCUGCCCUGAUGGAUGCCGUAGCCAAUGUUGGCCCUGUAUCGGUUGGUAUAGAUGCAAGUCUAAUGUCAUUCUUCCUGUUUAAGCGAGGUGAGUUCUACCGUGCUUCCCUGCAAAUAUACUCUGGAUAGACUCAUUGGAAAUCAAGGGACACAGAGAAUUCUGACGGAAUAGGAGCAGAAAUAGCCAGCUGUUCACUUACUUAUUUGUUUCAUGUCUGGAGUGGAAAUCCAUCCAGUAAAUACAAACAGUAUUAGCUGUUGUUGUUUUCAGUCUGUGAACAAUAUAUACAGUAAUCAAUGACUCUCUCUUUUCCACCCCCACCCCAUUUUUAUUAUCUUUUGUUUGCAUGGAAAUGAAUGGCCUUCACAUUUACAAGUAAAGUCACUUUUUUUGGAAGCCGAACUGCAGUGGAACCGAAACAGCACUGCAUAAAAUGAACAUGGGUGCUUCAGUGCUUUCUUUCGUGCCCAUCAAAACUAGCUUAAGUCCACUAAUUUCAGUGAGUUUACUCUGAGUAUGACUUAGUUGGAUUCAACCCUCUUUGGCAUGCAAAGAAGCAGACUCUUUUGCUAUCCCAGUGAGGUCAACCAUUUUGUGCAGGCAAGUUGUUCAGACAGGGCUGGUUGUGUGUGUCUGCAUGCAUGCACACAGAUUAACGGUCUUCUGAAAGCCGCAAUUUUACCUUUCCUUCAAGAAAUUAUUCAAUUGGGUGUGAUCCUUGGCAAUUCCUUGCUGUUCUCUCCAUAGAUACUUUUCAAGCUUUCCACAAUCUUGACCCAUUUUUAACCCCAAACAGCAAUGCAGGACCCACUAAGAACAAAUAAAUUAUGCCUUGUAUUAUUCUCACGUUUACUGUUGGCCUGUCUAGAACUAUUCUUCCCUCUCUCUUGCUUUUAUGUACCAAUCUCCUUUUCUCUCCAGUGCUGAUGUGACCUACAUUUAGUUGGUCCUGAACCCACCAACAAUUAGGCUAAAUAACUUCCCAGGACAUUACUCAAAACUCUCCCUUACCAAAACACCAAUGCCAAACUUGAUAAGGAGUUAGGUUACUACUCUAGUAUUAUUACUUCCUCCCCUCCUCCAAUUAAUAUCACAUUAUGAUUUUAUCUUUGCAUCUUUGAUACCUGCUUCCCCCAAUGUUGUUUGCAGAAGGGCUGUAGCGCAACAGUACAGCACCUGUUUUGUAUGCAAAAGGUUCCAGGUGCAAUCUCUGGUGUCUGCAGGUAGGACUGGGAUAGACCUCUGCCUGAAGCCCUGGAGAGCUGCUGCCAGUCAGUCAAGAUAAUACUAAGCGGGAUGGACAAUGGUCUGAAUUGUUAUGAGGCAGCAAAGGCUGGCCAUGUUAUUUGGCAGAGUGAUGAGGGGCCAAGGGCAACAGCAACUCCCACUAUUUCCCCUAGGUUUUCUGACUUAGCCUGCUCUGUGCCCACAAGGCUAGCCUGACACUAUAGUGGUAGAUGUUAACAGAUAACCACUGCUGAAUUAAGAUUCAACUACCAACCUGAUCAGAUUCUGCACAUGGGAUCAAUGGGUGCCAUCUCUUCCUUCUCAUUUGGCAGCCCUGAAGGCAGCUUCCUGUAUCCUCUUGGUGGAAUAUAGCACAUUUUGUUGACCCUAAACUAGGAGGACUAUUUUUCAAGAGCAACUUUCAUUUGCUUCAGUUUCAAAAAUGUACCAUACGCUCAUACACACCUGAAAGUGAUUCUUUAUCCUUUUUAUGUAGGUGUAUAUGAUGAUCCAAAGUGUUCUCAGCAUAUAAAUCAUGGAGUCGUUGUAAUUGGAUAUGGAACAGAAGAAGGCAAAGAAUAUUGGCUUGUGAAGAAUAGGUAAGGAUACCCUUUAGGGAACCAGCUGCUAAGUCAGCAUUGUAUAUCAGUGAGUCCACUGCCCAUCCAUUCUGAGACAUUUUAGUCUAAAACAGGCUUCCUCAAACUCGGCCCUCCAGAUGUUUUGAGACUACAACUAAUCCAGAAUGCAGCAGCUAGACUGGUGACUGGGGGCAGCCACCGAGACCACAUAACACCAGUCUUGAAAGACCUACAUUGGCUCCCAGGACGUUUCUGAGCACAAUUCAAAGUGUUGGUGCUGACUUUGAAAGCCCUAAACGGCCUCAGCCCAGUAUACCUGAAGGAGCGUCUCCACCCCCAUCGUUCUACCCGGACACGGAGGUCCAGCGCCGAAGGCCUUCUGGCGCUUCCCUCACUGCGAGAAGCAAAGCUACAGGGAACCAGGCAGAGGGCCUUCUCAGUAGUGACGCCCGCCCUGUGAAACACCCUCCCGUCAGAUGUCAAAGAGAUAAACAACUACCUGACAUUUAGAAGACAAACUUAAGGGAAGUUUUUAGUGUGUGACAUUUUAAUGUAUUUUUAAACUUUGUUGGAAGCUGCCCAGAGUGGCUGGGGAACAAAUAAUAAAUAAUAAUAAUUAUUAUUAUUACAAUUCCCAUCAUCCCUGUCCACGGGUCCUGCUAGCUAGGGAUCAUGGGAGUUGUAGGCCAAAAACAUCUGGAGGGCCGAGUUUGAGGAAGCCUGGUCUAAAGCAUUGUUCUUCAACCUUGGGUGCUCAGUUGUUGUCAGGACUCCGUGUUUAGCUAAUGGGAGUUUUUUAGUCCAGCAACAUUUUGGGGCCCAAGUUUGAAAAACACUGUUCUAAAGCAUCUACUGUAAUUGGGAAAUGAAAGGGGGCUGUGCUCUGAGGAAAUGUUAUUGUUUUAUUCUAUUUCGUAAACCGCUCUGUGAGUUUGGAGGCUUUUUUUAACAAUUAGGAGGUAGGAGAAUUUUUUAUGAAAUUAAAAUGGUUAUGCCCUGCCUCCACAGUUGGAGGCAGUAUGCUUCUGAAUGCCGGUUAGUUGCCUCCUGGAAACUGCAGGAAGGGAGAGGGCUCGUACUCAGGUCCUGCUUGUGAGUUUCCCAGAAGCACCUGGGCGGCCACUGCGAGAAUAGGAUGCUGGACUAGAUGGACCACUGGUCUGAUCCAGGAGACUCUUGUGUUUUUAUGUGGAAUCACCCAGUAGUGUAACGAGGGUGGUGUGACUGGUGUCCCGACACAGCACUGGAAGCAUCUGUAACAUGAGAUAUUAAGGCUACAUGAUAAUUAUUUUUAGUUCCUUACUGAGCAUCGUAAGACCCUUGAAAAGCCCCUUGUUCACAAUGAAAGUGUUAAUUAUUCUCCUAAUGUCUCAUUCUCUGUUAUUUCAACAGCUGGGGUCUAAGUUUUGGCGAUGAAGGAUUCAUUAAAAUUGCAAGGAAUCAUGGGAAUCGCUGUGGCAUUGCCAGCCAGUGCUCCUAUCCACUAAUCUAG